UUAAGAAAGUCGAUAAAAGUUCGAUUAUCGAUUAAAUACUUUCGAUAUUCUAGUAGUGCUCAUUUCAAGUAAUAGUGAAGUUAAUCAGUAUCACGUGUUCUGCAAAUAAACACAAGUUGAAUAUUAUUUCUUAGCAUUCCUAAUGAUUAUUGAAACCUUUGAAAAUAACAAGAUGGAAGAUGAAUCUAUUCAACCAGGGACAAGUCAAGCUGAUUUCAUUAAAGAAGGAUUAAACUUUGAUAUAAACCCAAAUGAACCAAUGACAAAAGCAGCUUUAAAUGAACAUCCACCUGAAGAGUGGAUAGAUAUCUUAGGAAAUGGGCAGCUUAAAAAGAAAGUUAUAAAAAGUGGGAAAAAUGGAACACGACCAAAUAGAUCUGAUAUUUGUACUUUAAAAAUUACUGGUAAAUUAAAAGAUGGUACGACGGUUGAAGAAUAUGAAGACCUCGAAAUUCAAUUAGGUGAUGUUGAAGUGAUUCAGGGAUUAGAUUUAGCAAUUGCAUUAAUGGAUGUAAAUGAAGUUGCUGAAAUUGAAAUUGAUCCAAGGUUUGCUUAUGGUUCUCUAGGAAAAGAACCAAAUAUUCCACCAAAUGCCACUAUUCUAUAUACAGUUGAAUUGAAGUCCAGUGAAUUAGAAGAAGAGACAGAAACACUCAAUGUCAAUCAGCGAAAAGAAAUUGGCAAUAAAAAACGGGAACGGGGCAAUUGGUGGUUUACUCGUAAUGAACCAACACUUGCGAUUCAGUGUUAUCGGAGAGCAUUAGAAUUUUUGUUACCAACAGAAAGUCGUACAUCUUACCAAAAUGAAGUGGAAGAUACUACUACUGAUGCAGAAUUACAGGCUUUACUGGAGGAUCGUAUGAAAGUAUAUAAUAACCUAGCAGCUGCACAAAUGAAAACACAAGCUUAUGAUGCAGCAUUGAAAAGUGUAGAAAGUGUUCUAAGUUGCCAACCUCAAAACGUAAAAGCACUCUUUAGGAAAGGAAAAAUUUUACAUUAUAAAGGAGAACAUGCAUUAGCAUAUCAAACAUUGCUUCAAGCAGCAAAAUUGGAGCCAGAAACAAAGGCUAUUCAGUCGGAAUUAGCCAUUUUAAAAGAGAAGAAUGCUAAGGACGCUCAGCAUGAAAAAAAUCUGUAUCGUAAAAUGUUAGGAGCACAUAAAAAUGACAAUAAUUCUCAAAAAAAUACAAAAGAACAAAAAAGUAAAAAUUCAUCAAAGCUUACAUGGAGUUUAAUUGGUGGAGCAACUGCAGCAAUUUUAAGCGUAUUUUUAUAUAGAUUUGUUUCGUGAAAAAAAUUUAGGAAAAAAUUUAAAUGAAACACAUUAAGCUAAAUAAGUAUAAGUAUAUAUAAUUAAGUAUCAUAGACUUCAAACUAAAAGAUAUAAGUAUAAAAACAAGUAAAAAUUUGAUAACUUUAAUAAUAUACGAACAAAUCAAAAGAAAAAGUCAUACUAAUAAUAAAAUUUUAUUUAAACUUUGUUCAAAUCUUGUAUUAUAUAUUAUGUUUGUAAAUUUUGCAACAAAAAUUAGCAUACAAAAAUAUAGUCAAUCUUUUCAACUGGAUAUUUACAAUAUGGGGUGCUAAAAAAAGUUAAUGACUAUAUGUAUGUGAGUAAUUAUAUACAUAUUCUAAAUGUGUAGACUUCGUUUACAUAUAUAUCAACAUGAACUUUUGCAUUUACGAACGUAAUUAAUAAGAGGAAGAUUCUCUUAAUCUUAUUCAUAUUAAUUAUUUAUUUAUCUUAAUAUCAAUAAUUAAGUAAGAAAUACUAUAGAAUUCUUUUCUUUAUUAUUAUUUCAUAGCAAUUUUUAAAAUGAUGUACAAUGAUGGUGUGUUAAAAAGAAUAUAAAUAACGUGAGAAAUAGAUAUAUUCAAGGUAUAUAAAUUCAAACAUUUAUGUGAAAAAGUGCAUAUGAUUUAAAUGAAUAUGUACAAUAUAUUUUACACUUGUGUUUUAUAUUAAUAACAAUUUAAUUGCAUUAAUAUUUUUAGGCAUAUUCAAAUACCACUUAAAUACGUAUUUAUGAUAUAUUUUUAUUAUUUCAAUUUUUUCUAUUAUUAUUUAGAUUUCAUAUAUACUAUCUUAUAUUAAUAUAGUAAAUUAGGUAUGGAUAACUGUUGUCCAUAUAAAAGAAUCUUCACUAUGAACAAUGGUUCUAUAAGUAUGCCAUUUGGUGUACCCAAUAAUUAAAAUGAUGUGAAAUAGAGAAAUAAUCAAGUACGUAGGGAAAUGUCACAAAAUUUGUUAAUACUUUCUACUUUUAGAAACUUGCUGUUGCAAUAAAAAACUCAGAUAUACAAAAUAUAACAAACCAUUAUUUAUUGAAUGGCACUAAUUAAGUAAAGUAGCAUUAAUAAAAUUGAGAAAA